AUUUUAUCACAAAUCCACAUUUGUAUAUCUAUAAUUAUGAGUUGGACAAUUAGUUAAUUUGAAACAAUACCAAAGUAAGAAUAAUCGAAAAACAACUAUACCACCGCAUACUAAUAAGUAACACAUAACAGAUAACCAAAUUCUUGAAUCUUAAAACAAAUUUUAACUCGAACAUUUAGUGAAUAUCAAAUUAACUAAUAUCCCGCCCGUAGGGCGGACCAACCCUAGUUUAUCCAAAACAAUAUUGUUUACUGCUAUUCUAGAGUAUGUCACUAUAUUUUAUAUCAAUUUUAGUUAAGUUUUAUAGGUUUAAUCAAUACUAUUAAAAGAGAAAUAAUUUUUAUAAAUCUACUUAAAAACGUUGUUUGGACCUUUUCAUUAACUAAUAAUAUUUGUCUUACUUUGAUUUGGACAAACAAUAUGUUACCUUAAAUUUUUCUAACAAUCAUUUAGUCAAAACUUUUAUUUAUUAGACCCAUAUCUUUGUGUAAACGAAAAUAUUAUAUCAUAUAUAUACUACCACAUAAAUUUGGUUUACGAAAAUACAAUAUCACAUACACUGUAUUAUACUCUUCUCUAAAUAUGUUUCAUUAACUUCAUAAUUAAGAUAAGUUUAAAAAUUAUAUAUUAUGUUAAUUUUAUUUUAUUCAUAAAUAAAAAUUUAGUAUUUAAGAUAAGUUUAAAAUUAUCAAAAACCAAACAAAUCUUUUUCUUACUGCUCAACAAAAAACCUACAAAUCUAUACUAUUAAAUUAGCCUAAAACCUCUCAAAUAAAUCUUAAGUUUCACCAACUGAACAAAUAUAACUUUUAUAAAAUGCAAAAAAAUAUAAUGAAAUGUUAGAUUUGGCAUUCGGGUCUUCGGGUCAAAUAUAAAUCGGUUUCUUUCAGGUCCAAGUUCUUUGGGUCUUGGGCAUUUAUAUCCAACUAGGUAUUUGAAUGUUUUUUUGUUCAGAUCGGUUCCUUUUCGUUCCAGGUCAGUUUGAGUCAAUAAUUCAAGUAUCUGUAAAAUUUACUAUUUAAUUUGGCUACGUAAUGAAUCUAGCUCGGUUUGAUUAUUUCAGACAAAAAGAUCUAAAGAAUCCGAAAAGCCAAAAAAUCAAAACACGAAAAAUACCCAAAAUAAAAAAAAAUACCAUAAAUAACUAAAUAUCUAAAAUAUCAAAAUCUUACCCACGAACCAAAAAUAUCCAAUAUUUUUAAUAUAUUUUUAAAUUUUUAAAUUUUACCUAAAACCUGAAACUAUAACAGAAAAUGUGAAUCCAAAUUUUACAAUAAUAAUUUUAUACUGAGAACAUAUAUGAAUUACUCAAAUAUACAUAAUAUAAACAAAAUAUUCUGGAUACUUUGGUUAUCCGGAGUCCAACAGAGACCCGCAGAUCCAAAAAAAUCUAAUAGGUAAUUUUUUUCCAAUCCCGAACCUCAACCUGUAUUUUGUAUUGGUUUGGUUCGUUUAUCAAAUUUGGGUAAAAUGUUCAUACUUAAGAAAGAGUUACAUAAAAGUGUAUAUAAGAAAUCCCAAAUAAACUUAUACAUAAGUUAUAUAAUUUUAAACAAAUUUAUGUAUUCGAUAUAAUACGACUUUAUAACAUAAUAAUACACAAUAUGCUCAAAAUACUAUCUUAUAUCCAACUUCGUAAAUAAUCCAUAAAACCCGUGUUUUCGAAGCGCGGGCAGGAACGAAGCCAGAAGAUUUAUGGUAUGGGUGCAUUAUUAAUAAGAAAAACAUAGGAAAAAAAUUGAACUUGAGUAAGUGUGGGUGCACAACUUGACUUUAACCAUUUUAUCUAACAAAUUCUAAUGGUUUUAAGCCUAAAAGUUAGAAUUUUAUUAUUUUUAUGGGUGCACAUGCACACACAACCCAUAACCUGCUUUCGUCUCUGAGUGUGGAUCAAAAUCUAGUUAAGUGCUUUAAGCAUUAUAUGACUUCAGACAAGCAUUGAGCCAUAUGUAUGCGUAAACAUGACGUCAUGCGGUAUUGUUAUGAUGCAUGUGUGGCUCUUUAGUCCUUGAAAGAACAAGAAAAUCGAAUAUAUUUUUUUUUGGUAAAAGAAAAUCGAAUAUUUGAAUUACAGUAAAUAAUUUAUCGUCUUGCAUUCACAUAUCUUAAUCGAUACAAAAAUAUAUAUAUAUCACAAAUUUUAGUUAGAUUAUAAAUAUGUGGUCUGAAGUUGACCUGGUUAUCACAAUCUUAAAGUUUAACAAGCAAAGAUAAUCUAUCAGUCCAAAAAACGAUAUUUGUCUAAUAAAAAUGAAAUAAUAACUUAAAUAGAUAAUGUUGAGUAAUUGAGACAACUGAACGACAUUGGAAAGUUAAUAAACUGACCAAGUUAGUGGAGGAGGACAAAAGACGAGUCAGAAUUAAAUGAGGGAUGAGCUUAAGAACGUGUAUUUAUGCAAAUAUUCAAAGAGUUGCAUGAGGCUCGGCACGUGAACAUGCUCCACUCUUUAACGUACAAGUGGACCCUCUCCAUCCAUGCGCCAAUUCAUUAACACUAAGUCACUAACAAUACAAAAAAUCUUAGUAUCGGUUUUUGUAUGUCUAAUUGUACAUACGCCCACAAACAAAAUACUGUAUGGUGUAAACCAUUUAUAAACCGUAUUCCUUUAUAUUAUACUAGUAAUAAGUAUCUUCUGCACGUAGGUUUCCGACAGAGAUUGAUGGUGUUAGGGCACUUUGUAUAUUUGUUGGAGGUUGGUCUUAAAUGUAUAGGUGUGGGAUUGUCGUUUCUUAUGUUCUUACGUGCAUGUCAGCAUGUGUUUGCAUGUAUAUAAAUGUAUGCCCGUGGAUGUAUAUAUAUGUGGGGUUUCCAACAUAUCUGGACUGAUGAGGCAGUUAAUGGAAAAGAUGAAGGAGAGGUUGGAGAAGAUGAAGAGGACAAUGAGACAACAGAGAGCAAAGCUUCAUAUAAUCAGAAUUUGCAUCACUUUGCUUCUCUCUUCUGAUGACAACUCUUGAUCUUUCUUUUCUUGUUAAUUUUGAUCUUUAACUUCUUUUCUCAGCCUUUUACCAGCCAUCAGCAUUUUUUUGCGCUUACAUAGUGUUGUAAUAUGUAAUCGUUGGGCUUGUACAAAUAUUUUAAUUAAGCUUGAUGAAUAAUUACAGAAGAAAUGUAUUUAUUUGUUUUCAGUUUUCAGCGACAUAAUAUCAUCCUUCUCAUAGACAAAACCUCCCUGCCAAAAUAUAUAGUACCCGCUAAAGUCUAAACAUACUAUUAUAUGUAGUACUUGUAUAUAUAUGCAUGUAGCACCUGUGUGAUUGAUAUUAUAUAUUAUAAGUGCGUUAUAAUUAUUGGAUACACGUAUAUCUCUUUGUUUUGAAUGAGUAAACAUCAUCAAAUGAGUAGUGCAUUUAUUUUUCACCAAUAUAGUUCAGUUAAAAGACACUUAAAUUACAUACAUGUUAUGAUAACACCAAAUAAUAAUAAUGGCACUCGAUAACCCGACCAGUACCAGCACCAAUGGGUAACAGCUGCCUGAGGCAUCACCACCCGACCAGUAUAUUAUUAUACUAUUAGCUUAUGCGUCGUAUUAUGAAACAUAUACGUGUACAGCCAAAUGAAAAUAUAAGGACGAAACACACAACUGCUUAAUGUAAGUUCUUUUAUGUCCCACACAUCUACACCUACUGAAAUGGAUUAUACAAAUCCAUGAUCCAAGACCCGACAAUUACUUGAGGUGUGUUCAUUCUUGAUUUAUAUCUAGGGGUGUUAAUCAAGACAAUCUAACCCGAUUCAGUCCCGGUUUUGAAUUAUUAUUUAAAUUAUCUUGUGAGUCUGAUCCAGAUAAAGAUUCAUUUCCAAUGCAUCCACUGAAAAGAGCUAUAUUUUCGCUGCGAAUGCACUUUUCCAAUGACCAUAAAUUCAUCGGAAUUUUCACUGGAAUUUACUCCUAAAUCAUAAACCAACAACAAUUACAGAAUCAAAAAAAAAAAAAAAACAACAACUAC